UAAAUCUUUACGAUUCACCGAAGCGUUACUGUUCAUUAUGCAUAAAUUAUAAGGGAAGGCGGAGCCAAGUGUCAUCGUACGGAAAAUGCAUUGCUUUUCUUCGGGGCUUUUUGCGGAUGUUCGCAAGGAGAAAAGGAACGAUCUUAUAUACAGCUUUUGAAUGCGGAAUUCCACGACUUGAUUAAUACGACAAAGUGAUAAGCGUUCCAGCAUUUAUUUUCAUAAUUUUGAUGUUUCAAGAUAACUUCUUUUCAUAGUGUAAUUUGAUUUGAACUAGAGUUGGAUAUUUAGACGGUUAUUAAUUAAAGAAACUGUGUUCGGUUACUCGAAGUAUUAAAAUAGUUAUAAAUUAAACUAGUGAAGAACACUUUUAUUUUUGUGCACUGAUUGUUUUAUCUUUGAUGGAAGCACCGCACUUGUGGCAGGGAAUAUUAGUACUUUGGAUACAAAUUUCUGCGGGAUGAAAUAGUGUGUGCCUAUCAUAGACAAUAAACAUUUGGUUUAUUAAUUUUCUGGGUAUAAAAAUUAAGUGGGAAUAACUAUAUAUACAUGCGCGUACUGGGAACGAAACUUUCUAGCUUCAAAAGAGAUGUGGCGGAUUUCAUAACUGGUAAAUAAUUGCAUACAAAUUAUGAUGGGAAUAUCUUCAUGUUUUUAGUUUUUGAGGAUAGCCUUUAUUUCCAAAAUGUUGGAAAUAACUUGAAGACGUUAAUCGAGUGUAUAUAAGUGGAAUAGAGAAAGUGUUUUUAUAUAAAAAGCGUUUUCAUUCUAGGAAUAAUUGUACAAAUUAUAAUUAUAUUUUAUAGUUUUAAUUGAAUUAAAAUGUGAGUAUUAAAUUAAAACCGUAACAGGACGAAUUGUUUUUCUAAACCGUUCUUAAAUAAUAUUUAUUUAAACAUUUGACGGGUUUGGACUCCCAGAUCAAACAGAUAGAAUUUAAGAAAAAAUAUCAUUUUAUGGAUACUGAAAGAAAGGAUUAAAAUACUCGAGGUAAAUAAACUAGUGCACAAACAAAUUUGGAUUAAACGCGCGAUAUACGUGACAUCGGAGAACGUGGCAUCGCGUCGCUGGGAUAUUUAUUUUACAAGCGACAGCUCUUUAAUAGUGUGGUGACUCGUGACAGCACGUGCACAAUGAGGUGUGUUCGAUCCAGGAUAGGAUUAACGUGUUCCCGCCUAUUUUGGGUGCUCCUAUUUUCCACGUGCUUGUUGGGGACACAUGCCAUAAAGUGGCUGGCACUGGCCAAGAUGACCAGCGCCGCCACCAUCGAGGUGCCGGAGAUGUGUCAGUCCCUCGUCGGGCUGGUCAAGCGACAAGAGAAGAUAUGUCGACGGAACGUCGAGGUAAUGGAGAGUGUACGGUACGGGGCACACAUGGCCAUUGACGAGUGUCAGUUCCAGUUCCGGAACCGACGGUGGAACUGUAGUACUGUCGACCCGGUGAAACUGUUCGGCAACUUUCUGAAAUUAGGAACACGCGAGGUAGCGUUUGUCCACGCUAUAUCGGCCGCAGGUGUAGCUCACGCAGUCACACGGGCAUGUAGCAAAGGUGAUCUCCAGACUUGUGGCUGUGACCGGACAGUUAGCGGCCGUAGUUCAGACGGGUUUGAAUGGUCGGGUUGCUCAGACAACAUUGGCUUUGGGACAGCAUUUUCACAGAAGUUUGUAGACGCCAGGGAGAGGAGGCGGAAAAACAAAAACAUUAAACGUGUGCUGAUGAAUUUACAUAACAAUGAAGCGGGUAGAAAGGGGGUGGAAGAAAGCAUGCAAGUGGUCUGCAAAUGUCACGGUGUUUCCGGAUCAUGCGAACUUAAAACAUGUUGGCGGUCUAUGGCGACGUUUCGCGAAAUCGGUGCCAUAUUGAAGGAACGUUUUGAUGGCGCAACGGAAGUUAAUCUAGAAAACAGAAAGAACAGGGCGGUAUUAGUUCCUGUAAACAAUCAAUUCAAACCUCCCACAAGUUCUGAUAUUGUGUAUCUAAUUGCUUCCCCUGAUUUUUGUGAGUCUGACCCCAAAACGGGGUCACUUGGCACAAGUGGGCGUGUUUGCAAUAAAACUUCUAAAGCAAUUGAUGGUUGUGACUUGUUGUGUUGUGGCAGAGGGUAUGAAACUAGAACGAUAACCAUUGUAGAGCGGUGUCAGUGUAAAUUUCAUUGGUGUUGUUAUGUUAUUUGCGAAAAAUGCUCGAAAACAAUUGAUGAACAUGUCUGCAAAUGAACAUUUAAGGAAAUGAAGAAACAGUGACAAUAAAUAAAAGUGGCCAAAUUACUGAUUCGUGGAGAAGUAGAGUAAAGAAAUCCUGUGCUGGUGUUAGUCUCAAUAUUACAAUGUGUGAUGGUGAUAUUUGGAAAUGUGUGCAAAACAUGAUGCAGAUACACUUGAAGGAGUACACAGCGGCCUGACGAAAGGGUUUUACAAAGGUGUUGAUCUACGCGCUUUUUUGUGAACACUUCGUAUUUGGGGAUUUCCUGAACGAUUUAUUAAUGGAGGGAAUCGUUACCAUGGAUACAUAUAGGCAAUUGUGAAAGUAUCGCAUAGACUAUAUAAUAUCAUUCCUAUGAAGCUAUAUAUGUUUAUUUCGUUAUGUUUUGCCUUUGAGAUCGAUAUUUUAUAGGAUGUUAUAUAACAUAUCUGCUGAAAUAAUUGUAAAAUGAAUGUAUAUUAGUGAUUUUUAAUUAGUUUUUUUUCAUAAUUGUGUUAGUUAUUUAUCUUAAUAGUUUCUCGAUUACUACGCAAAGUAUGUUUAUAUUUAUCGAGAUUUCAUUUCAGUAUUUCAAAAUCAAAAUGCUUCAACUCAAUCAAUUAAAAGGGAUAUCCAGCACGCAUGCAUAUACACACUUUGAAGGAUACACAUGACUUUAAAAGUUUUAGGAAAUAUAACAUGUUGGUAAUGUGUAUUUUACUUUAAAAACACACGUAUGCUAAAUCUAACAUCAUUAUGUAGUUUGAUAUUCUAUUUCAUGAAAGCUAAUAACACUGUUAAAUUUAGAUUCAAUUCAGAUGUAAACAAUGAUUUCAUUAAUAUUUUCAUGUCCUGUUAUGGUAUAAAUAAAUUAAUAAAAUUUG